AUGGAGAGUCAACUUUACGCUAUACAAAAAGCUUCACCUUCAUCCUUGUCACCCUCAAAGCAUUCACCAAAAAGAUUUCUGUUAAUAAUAUUAACGGUAAUUUUAACGGCAAGUAUAUUCUUCGUACUAAUUUUCGGCACAUCAAAUGACAACAAAAAAAUUCGAUCCGUGGGAUAUUUUCCGGUCGGAACUGGAAGACUUUCGAUAAGUUAUCCAGUGACCGGAUCGGUCCGUCUAUACCACCAAAAAAGAUCCUCAUCUUCUCCACGAGAAUCAUUAUCUUCGUCAUCGUACGACACGAUAUUCUUGAUGGGAUAUUUAAAAGGGAUCGAGAAACUCGAAGGCGAUUAUAGUUUUUUAGUGGUCAGUGGAAAUGGGUGCCAAGAUUGGCAGGAGACAAUCUACGAUUUAACCGAUGAAAUCACUUCUCUAUUAGCAUUGAAUUAUGGUAGCGGUGGUGGAGGAUUAAGUGUCAUCAAAGCGACUACAAUGGCAAAGUUUAGCGGGACAGGAGGAUUGACAGUAGGCAAUUUUUUUAUGGUGUUAAGAGAUUCUUAUCCGAUUGGUUGUGGGGCAAUUGAAAGAAUUUAA